AUGAUUAGGAAACCACAAUUUCCAAUUCAGCAAUUAGUUCGAAGAUUAGGAGAGAGGAAACUAAGCAGUAAUUUAAAAAAUGAUAAUAACUUGGAUGAGCUUAAUUUACUCAAAGGUGAACAUUUUAAUGGCCCUUUACCUAAUGGGUUGGAACAUGCAAAACAAUUUAAAAAAGUUCACAAUUGUACCAGUGAAGUGGAUUGUCAAUGUGAAUUUCUGUUACUGGCCCCUUAUCGUGGUAGUCGAUUAGAAAACUCUAUACAAAAAAAAGAAGAGCCCAAAUUAUCUUGGGAACAGGUGCCAGCUAGAUCAUUACAUUUAUAUGCAAGCCAUGAAAAAGCACAUCAAAAUUUAAAACAAGCGGAGUUAGAUACCUCAGCUCUUGACACAGAUCAUGAUGAACAAAUUUCUAUGUCAAAAAAGCGGCGAAAAAAUUUUUCAUUGUCUAAUGAAGAACAUAUUGAGGACAAUCAUACAAAGCUUAAAUGUCCGAAUGUUCUACCAGGACUGGCAAAUCCUUUAGUAAAAUCACUUGUUCAGCCUAAUAAGCUCACAUUUCAUCCUAGGCUAAGAAAUACCAAUAAUACAACUAAACCAUUUCAGGCAGUAGUAUCAAAUACAAUUUCAGGGGAGAAUAUAAUAAUGGAUUCAUCAGCAAGUUGUGAGAUCGCUUUCCCAGAAAAAAGAAAUCAGGAGUUAAAUAUGUCUGAUGAAGAAAAUGAAGAUUUCACGAUACAUUUUUGCACAGCUAAAUCACCAGAAACUGACAAUUUGAUUGAUCAAGCUCAGCCAAAUUUUAGUUUGUAUUCCUAA